GUUUAUUUUUUUAUAUAGUAUCUUUUUUUUUUUUUUUUUAAGAAAACACUAUAAAUAAAUAUUAAAGUUAUCAAUCAUCGAUUUUACUUUUUUUCUUAUCAGUAAACUAAAAUAUAAAUAUAUAGAUAUUUAAUUAUCUCUAUAUACAGUCUAAAUAAAAUAUUUAAUUUUUUAAUAAAUAAAUAACACAACAAAUAAAAUUUUAAACUUUUUUUUUUUUUUCAUAUUUUUACUCUUUUUUUUUUUUAGUAAAUAGUUUUUAGUAUUUUUUUUUUUUUUGUCUAUAAAUAAAUAUUAAAAAAAAAACUAUUUUUAAAUAAUAUUGUAAUUUGGUAUAUAAUAAAUAAAUACAAUAAAUAUAAACAUAUAAAUAAAUAAUAAAUAAAUAAUAAAUAAAUAGAAAUAAAUAAAUAAAUAAUUAUAAUGAGCUCACAAACAACAACAACUACUACAACCACAUCAUCAGCCUCUGUACCAACAGUAGGUGCAUCAACAUCAUCUACACCAGCCCAAAAUGUAGAUUUAUCAAAACAUCCAUCAGGCAUCAUUCCAACUUUACAAAAUAUAGUUUCAACUGUUAAUAUGGCAACAGAAUUGGAUUUAAAAGCAAUUGCUUUAGGUGCAAGAAAUGCUGAGUACAAUCCAAAACGUUUUGCUGCCGUAAUUAUGAGAAUUAGGGAACCAAAAACUACAGCAUUAAUUUUUAAAAGUGGCAAAAUGGUUUGCACAGGUGCAAAGAGUGAAGAUGCCAGUAAAUAUGCUGCAAGAAAAUAUGCAAGAAUCAUUCAAAAGUUAGAUUUUCCUGCCAGAUUCACUGACUUUAAGAUUCAAAAUAUUGUUGGUUCAUGUGAUGUUAAAUUUCCAAUUAAAUUAGAACUUUUACAUAACGCUCAUACAUCUUUCACAAAUUAUGAACCUGAAAUUUUCCCUGGUUUAAUUUAUAAAAUGAUUCAACCAAAAGUUGUAUUACUUAUUUUUGUUUCAGGUAAAAUUGUUUUAACUGGUGCUAAAGUUCGUGAAGAGAUUUAUGAAGCUUUCGAAAAUAUCUAUCCAGUACUUACAGCCUUCAAAAAAAAUAUGGCAAUUGCAAAUCAAUAAUUCAACACAUAUGUAUAUAAUCUUUUUUUUUUCUCACUUCCUUUUUUUUAAUUGCAAAGAUUUGAAAAAAAAAAAAAAAAAAAUUAAAUAUUUAGAAUCAAUUAUAAACAGAAGUGCUCUGUUAUAACCAUAACAACAAAACACAAUAUUAAACAUAAUAACAACAAUAUAAAAACCUCACAAUAGUUUCAC